AUGAAGAUUUCAACUUCUCUCGCGCUUGCGGCGGCAGCCUCGUCCGUCUCUGCCCACACCAUCUUCCUCAGUGUCAACGGCGGCAAAGUAGGAGACGGAGUCCGCGUCCCCACCUACGACGGCCCCGUCUACGACGUAACCACAAACUCGAUAGCCUGCAAUGGCCCACCCAACGACACCCCGGCCAAAACCGACACGGUCAUCACCCUGCAAGCCGGAUCCAAAGCAACCCUCACGUGGCGCCACACACUGACGUCUGGCCCCAACGACGUGAUUGAUGCCUCGCACAAGGGCCCGGUCAUGGCCUACAUGAAGAAAGUCAGCGACGCCAAGACGGACACGGGCAUCGGCGGUGGCUGGUUCAAAAUCUCCCAAGACGCAUUCGACGGCACAAAAUGGGGUGUCGAUCGCUUGAUUGCCAACCACGGCAAUCAAACCGUCACCAUCCCUGCUUGUAUUGCGCCCGGCCAGUAUCUUCUGAGGGCCGAGCUGAUUGCGCUGCACGCUGCCAGCCAGUCGUUGGGCGCGCAGUUCUACAUGGAAUGUGCGCAAAUCAACGUUGUAGGUGCCUCGGCAGACAAGACACCAUCAACCGUCUCGUUCCCAGGCGCGUACAAGCAGAAUGAUGCGGGUAUCCUGUACAACCUGUAUGCGGGCAGCAAGACAUACACGGCGCCUGGGCCGGCGGUAUUUACGUGCUAGCGUGUUGGCGAG